CCUUUCUCAUGCAUACUCAUAUGUUGUGUGAUACACCCAAAGGCCAAAAGGCAGCACAUUGGCAAAAGUGAUCAUGCCAUCGACAGUAACAAUUAUCUCGAUCUCCGUCGUCAUCGCAGCCGUAUAUCUUCUCACAAGUUUUGCAUUUCCGGCCGUGGAGCCGUUAGUCUACUACCACUACUGCUCUCCACCAAAGUACUUUCCAGGAUCGUCUUCCAAGUCAAACGUCAGCUCGCUGCUCAACAUGUUCGUAAACUCAGCUUCUAUCUACACGUACAACAAUCUCACCGUCAACGGAAACUACGGACUGCACCAGUGCCGGGGUGAUCUCUCCUCCGAUGAGUGCGUAAGUUGUGUCGCGCAAGCUGUUCGCCUGCUCCAAAGCCACAGCGUAGGCGAGACCGGCUGCGCAUUGCAGCUCGAGGGCUGUUUAGUGAAGCACGACAACGUUAUGUUCUUUGGCGUGGCAGAUAACACGGCCAUGGUUAUGAGUUGCGGGACACCGGCUGGGUAUAAUAAGUAUAAGUCGGACGAGUUGACUAAUGCGUUGGUUAAUAAAGUGGUUGCAAGUAGUGGUACGUCCUACAGAGUUGAGAGGUCAGGGAAAGCGCAAGCUGUAGCGCAGUGCACCGGAGAUCUCAGUGAAACGGAUUGUCAAGACUGUUUGAUCGAAGCUAUCCAACGGCUGAAACUUCAACCGUUUUGCGGAACAAGCAGUUGGGGUGACGUCUACUUAGCCAAGUGCUAUGUUGGUUACUCGUCGCAUGGAGUCAUCGGUGAAGGUAAUUAA